AUUCGAACCACCGACCUUCAGAUCAGCAAGUCCUGGGUUCUGUGGUUUAACCCACAGCGCCACCUGCGCCCCUCUCUUGAAUAAAGCAAGCCCCAAAUGACCGGGGGUGGGGCGGGGAAAACUGAACAGAAGCUGAAUUGACUUCAACCCACCCAGUGAUUUACCUGGAAAGGAAAUCACGAAAGGAGAGAAUUGCGCCAUCCAUUCAACGCUCCAUUCCCCAGCCAUCCCCCUUUCUGCCACCCCAGUUGCCUUCCAUGUUGGCCUGAGGCAGGAAGGAGAGACGGAAGGGGCUGGGGGCUAGCAGGGCAGAUGUGCAAAGGGAGAGCUUAGGCAGGGAGGGAGGAGGGAGCUGAGAGCAGGAACCGGCUGCUGUGACAAACAGCCCAGGCUCCUGGGGGAGCAGGGUGAGGCCUUGCUGGAGGCUGCCCAUGGCGUUCAUGUGGCAACCCAGCCCCCUGGGGGGUUGGCAGGUGGGCCCCGCUGUGCUCCUGCCUGCUCCUGCCCCUGCCAGGGAAAAACAAGAGAUCCGCACAGACAGAGGGCUGGAGAGGAAAGCCUGGAGGAGAAGCAGGGCACCUUCUUUUCAGCCAGGCCUUCCCUGGUUUCGCUCUGCUGGAAGGAGAAGGACCUGGAGCAUCCUUUGCCAGUCACACCUGUAAGGAGCUGGCACGUCUGCCCUGGGCAAGAUGGCACUGGAGUUUGAUGGAAUCAAGCAACCCGAUUGGAAAGAAAUCGUGAACAAGAAGUUGAAGUUCCCGGAAGGCCUCCUCAACGCCAUCCAAGACGGGCAGCUGAUGAAGGUCCAGCAGCUGCUGCAGGUGAGUGACGGGAUCCUGAGGCAGCUGGAUGAGGCCGAGGACCGGGCGUGGCGAGAGGCUCUCAACCUGGCCAUCCGCACGGGCGGCGAGGAGAUCACCAAGACGCUGCUGCGCAUUGUCAAGUUUGACUUCCGCCAGAUCCACGAGGCCUUGCUGGUUGCCGUGGAUACCAACCAGCCCACCGUGGUCAAGCUGCUGCUGGACCGCCUGGACCAGGAGAAAGGCCGCAAGAUGGACAUCAAGUCCUUCUCCUCGGCCUUGUUUGACAACUCCAUCGACAACUCCCGCUUCGCCCCGGGCGUGACGCCCCUCACCUUGGCUUGCGAGAAGGACCUCUACGAAAUCGUGGACAUGCUGAUGAAGAAGGGCCACGCCAUCCCGGGGCCACACAAGGUCUCGUGUUCCUGCCUGGAGUGCUCCAACGGCCGCAAGUUUGACCUGCUCAAGUUCUCGCUUUCUCGCAUCAACACUUACAAGGGCAUCGCCAGCCGGGCGCACCUCUCCAUCGCCAGCGAAGACGCCAUGUUGACGGCCUUCAAGCUCAGCCGAGAGCUCAAGCGCCUCUCCAAGAAGGAGCCCGAAUUCAAGCCCGAGUACCUGGCCCUGGAGCAGCUGUGCCAGGAGUUUGCCUUUGAGCUGCUGGGAAUGUGCCGCAACCAGAGCGAGGUGACGGCCGUCUUGAAUGAUGUGGCGGAUUCCUCGAAUGACGAGGAAGAGGAGGACUUCGAUGACCAGGCCUUUGAGGAGGGGAUCCCCAACUUGGCAAGGCUUCGCCUGGCUGUCAACUACAACCAGAAGCGGUUUGUCGCCCACCCCAUCUGCCAGCAAGUGCUGUCGUCCAUCUGGUGCGGGAGCCUUCAGAGCUGGAGAGGCAGCACCUCGCUCUGGAAGGUCUUCGUCUCCUGUUCCAUCUUCAUGGGGAUGCCUUUCCUGUGCCUCGUCUACUACGUGGCCCCCAAAUCCAAGUUUGGCAAAAUGCUGAAGAUCCCAGUGAUCAAGUUCCUUCUGCAUUCGGCCUCGUAUGUCUGGUUCCUGGUCUUCCUGCUGGCAGAGUCCCUGGUGCUGGAGCACAACAGCGAGACCUUUUCGGGGCGGAACCAGGACAUGUGGGAGACGUCGCUGCACAUGAUAUGGGUGGCAGGUUUCUUCUGGUUUGAGUGCAAAGAGGUUUGGAUCGAGGGCUUCCGCAGCUACCUCUUGGACUGGUGGAACUUCCUGGACAUCGUCAUGCUCAGCAUGUACCUGGCCUCCUUUGUCCUCAGGCUCCUGAUAUUCUUCCAGGGCCGUGUUUUCUGUCUGGAUAACAAGGAGUCUGCAGAAUGCCGUUACUACACGAAAGCGGAGCGUCAGGAGUGGCACACUGAAGACCCCCAGUUCAUCGCUGAGGUGCUCUUUGCCGUGACCAGCAUGCUGAGCUUCACCCGCCUGGCUUCCAUCUUGCCCGCCCACGAAACCUUGGGGACCCUGCAGAUCUCCAUUGGCAAGAUGAUUGACGACAUGAUCAGGUUCAUGUUCAUCAUGAUGAUCAUCUUGACUGCUUUCUUGUGUGGGAUGAACAACAUCUACGUCCACUACCAAGAGUCUGAAAAGCUGGGGAGCUUCAACGAGACAUUCCAGUUCCUCUUCUGGACCAUGCUUGGGAUGGAAGACCACGAUGUGGUGGACAUGCCCCGGUUCCUCAUGGCACAGCUGGUGGGGAGGGUGCUGUAUGGGGUCUUCACCAUCGUCAUGGUGGUCGUCCUCCUCAACAUGCUCAUUGCCAUGAUCACCAACUGCUUCCAGAAAAUUGAGAACGAUGCCGACGUGGAAUGGAAGUUUGCCCGCUCCAAGCUCUACUUGUCUUUCUUCAGAGAAGGCUUGACGCUGCCAGUGCCCUUCAACAUCAUCCCGUCACCAAAGUCCAUCUUCUACGCCGUCAGGGGCCUCUUCCGCUUCCUGUGCUGUUACAAACCAAAGCGCCAGCAGAAAUACCCCCCCAUCUCAACCAUUUCUAACCCCUCCAUGGAUGAGGGCGGCCAGCGUACGGAGGGCCGCGCUGCCUACCGGCGCCAAGUGCUCAAGGCGCUGGUGCAGCGCUACAUCGACACGGCCCGGCGGGAGUUUGAGGAGAGCCGCAGGAAAGAUCUGGGGAACCGCCUGACAGAGCUGAACAAGUCUGUGCUGCGCCUCCUCUCCGACAUGAAGCAGCUGCGCCACACAGUGGCUGACAACGGCACGGCGGACAACCCCUUGAACGGGACCUGCGUCCUGCACAAGUACAUCAUGAAGGUGCGCAGCAGCUUCCAGAGCUACGACAAUGGAGCAGGCGGCUCUGAGCAGGCAGCCCCCACGGACGCCGCCUUGCCCCAGGAUGGGGCCGUUGCCGAAGAGGACGCAACGCCGUUGCCUCAGGAACCCUCUGAGGGACAACAGGCGGAAGCUGAGGAAGGGCCGCCCCAGGUGGAAGCUGAGGAGAGACAGCCUGGGGAGGAGGCUCAGGAGAGGCCGCUGGAGGUGGAAGCUGAGGAGAGGCCACCCCAGGUGGAAGUAGAGGUGGCAAUUGAAGAGAACCCUGUAGGAGAGCCAGAGACUUGAUCUGCCUUCUCUCCAAAGACAAGGGAUCUGUUUCAUUCUCAGCUGGGAUCCGCUGUAGAGGGUGGCGUUUCCGUAGCAGCCUAGGGGGGGAGUCAUGCUUGUAGAGUCUGCCCCGUUUCUGACAUGUCCAAGGGGCAACGCAGUGUCCUUUCUUAAGCCAACAUCCUUUGCCAAGCGAGAGAAUGUGUAUUUCACUUAGCUGGCGUGAGGGCUCUUUACCUGUCCUCACCCGGGACAGGUGAGGCUGCUGAUCCCUUGUUUUCAAAUCUGAAAGUUGACAGCUCUGAGCAGAAUGGGAAGACUGUAAGAGCUACAGUGGUACCUUAGGUUACCGGUACAUACGCUGCAGGUUACAGACUCCG